AUGAAGUUUCUUUCGAUUCUACUUCUGGGGCUUCUACCGGUGGCUUACGGCUACAGGUGUGAGAACUUGGUUAGUCCGUUUAAAAAUUUGAAAAGUUAGGAUUAUUUAUAACUUAUAGGCUUGUUGGAUGAAAUUUCAAAAAUGAAAAAAAAAUAAUACAAGACUUUCAGGCGAUUACCAUAGUAGUUGUUCUCUCGAAUAGGUGACUCUAGAAAAGUAAGCACACUUGAGAGACCACUCAGGUUUCUUCAGCGAUCACUUAGAGCUCUCUUUAGGAGAUUUAUCUGACGUUUUUUUUAAACAAAUAAACAAAAGUCUUUUUGUAAUUCCAGCCAGGGCUAGUGGACGGUCCCCACAAAGGCCUGCCUACCCGAUUCGUCGUCCUGUCGCGGGCGCUUCGCGUCGGCGACAUCAUCGUUAUCAAAGGCAAAGUUGCGAACGGCACUGUACCAUUCAAGUUUGGAUUGAUCAUCUUCUCAACCCCAUAUACGAAUACUUCAUAACAGACGAUCUACCGUAGAUCUUUUGGUCGGAACAAAGCCAGUUUACUACAAAACGGUCAGCACGUUGCACCUGACGGCGCAGUUCGACUUGAAUAAAACCUUCAUCGGGGAUUAUCAAGUAGGGAGUCUUUGAUACCUUUCCUGAAACUCGGGUUCAAGGCUUAUCGAGAAGCAUAACCCACGGAGAGAGAUUUUACUGUUUCUAUGUGGUUAAAAGCCUUUUGUGAAAAAGUUCGCACCGCAGGAAAAAACUUUUCACAAAAAUCUAUAAUUUAAUCACGGUAGUUGGAAACUUAACAAGGUAGAUCUUGAAGAUUGGCCUAUAAACUUUUUUUUUGAAGCUUCAAAUGAAAUUUUUAGUCUUUUCUGGGCAAGGUUCUAGUUUGGAGAAUUCAAAGUUCUCAAAUAUUUCGCCAGUACUGAGCCGAGAAUUUAUUUCUCUGUAUUAUCUCAACGCCAACCUUAUUUUUAAAUUCCAGCCUAACCCGAGACAAGAAAACCGCCAGGACGCGUUGAUUCCUCUUGUGUUCAACGAUGAUAUAUUCACUCUCAGAAUCGUGUAAGUUAAAAUUUAAUCUAAAACUUCAAACGACUUGAUCGAUUUUUCAGGGUGGAAGCUGACGGAUAUUCGAUCAGCAAGGACAAAGUUUUCCUUCACAAGUUGAAAUACUUCAAGGAGAACUACAGCACUGUGCAGACGAUUUACUUGCAAAACUUCGACUUCUACACUGAAUGGUACGUUUUUUGUACCCUAUAAAUACUAAAACUAAUUUUUGUAGUGUUAUUGACUGCAAUGAAGAAAAGAAAUGCCCAACGACAGGAGGUGGAGAACUGACGAUUAUUCUUGGCAACAGAGUGUACCGAGAAAUCGGUAAGUCAAGAAAAUCCUAGUAAAAUUAGUAUUAAAAAACCUUCUUUUCAGAUGGAAAGUGCCCAGAAUAA